AUGAAAAAGAGAGAAGGAAGAAGACAAAUAGACCUUCUGUCAAAUAUUCCCGCAGUCUCUCUGGAGAAGAUAAGCCCUCUUACUGGCUCAAUCGGCAGAUACUCGGUAGACUACAACACGCUAAUGGAAGAGUAUGAAGCCCAAAAAGGAAACACCAAGCUUCUUUUUCUCCUAACCGGCAAUAAUGACCCGUCAGUGUACCAGCUGAUACCGCUGUUCUGCAAGCACUUUGGAAUAAGCGUGUUCAAGAUAGAAGAGAAAAUGCACGUAAAGGGCACUCCUCCUGUCUUCAUCAGAGUGCAGGAGAACGACCCUGUAUUGGACACAUUAAAUCUUCAGACGAUUUAG